AUGGCAACGCUAAUGAUCUACAUCAAUGAACUCAGACAAUAUUUGAGGGAUGUACCACAUUGGGUGUCUAAUCAGUCCAGUACAGGAAAACAAGAUGCAACAAAGCUGAAUAAACACUACUCUUUCUAUAUGCCUGAAGCAAGUCAUUUCACUGAAGGAUGUUUACAAAGAUGGAAUCACAUGAAAGAGGAGGAAAUCAUUAGAGAUGGUAUUUUAAACAACAGCAUUCCACUGGUACAGUGUUAUCUGAAGCAGAGUAGUAAGAGCAGUGGCAAUCUUCAGCAUAUCAUUGAUAUAGGAUUCUCACAAGUAUAUCUAGCAUUAUUAGAACGAGAUCUACGUAAUUCUGCUAGAAUGCUUAAGAGUAUGGGUUUCAACGUAACCCAACAAUUAAGAAGAAUAUGUCUCUACUCACCUAAUGUUUACCUGAGAGAUUUUCUGGUGGAAGAACUAAAGAAGUCUGGUGAUUUAACUGACAUUGAGUUGUCAAUGGUACACUUUGUGUAUCAAUUAGAGAGUCUCUACACGUGCAGAUCGUAUGAUAAAGCUAAAAGCAUUGCAGAAGAAACCAAAAAGCAUUACUGGGAAAAUAUCAUCCGGUUGUCACGGAUACCAACCAUGCAAGCUAAAUCAGUGAUGAGUUCAUUGAUGAAAACAGGUGAUAUCAUGCCACCUGAUGAUAUGAAUGCAGAGAGUGGCAAUUAUUCACAUAUUGUAUUAGAAUGGGUUAGAGACUGGGAUGAAGAAACAAGACAGCGGAUACUAUUGGACAGAAUGUUUAACAAUACAGAUCGAUCAUUUGAAGGAUUUAUUGAGCCCCGUACCAGAUGGAAAUAUUAUUUAUCUCACAAUUUGUGGAAUCCUAUAUCAAAAUGGAUUACUGCUGAUCCGGAUAGCAUUUGUGCUGAUAUGCUGAAUGAUAUGACACUCUGUACUCCGUAUAUUAAGAAUAAAGUACUAGAUGAAAUGGCAAGAAAAGGUUUGUUUGCUUCAGAAGAAUUAUCCGAUUUUGACAGAUUAUUACGUCGGCUUGGUAAUUGUCAUCAAUUAUUGCGUCAUCCACAUAUCCUGUCUAAUAAUACUACGAUGAAUGUUGAGAUGUUUCACAGUCAGUUUAUACUAUACUGCAUUCAGCAUAGUUUACCUAAUGUUCUUCACUACUACAUGGACUUCUAUGGCCUUGCAGUGACAGAUGAUCAUAUUUCUAGACUACGAUCUGAACACAAAAGCUGCUACUGGUUUGAAAUGUUAUUAUUCUUCAGGUAUAAUAGCAGGAAACUUGGAGAUCCCAACAUAAUGUUCCAAGCAAGUUUAGCCAAUUGUAGAUUCCUCUUUAAAGUCAACCAACCCACAGUGACAAGUCUUUUGGAGGCUGAUAGACCUAUUGCUGCCAUGGCAACACUGAUGUUUGCACCCUGUAAUCUGAAUGAGGUGAUUGGUUCAGCUGAAAAUGAAGAUGAAAGACUCUGGAAAGUUGAUGGUAAUUUGUUGAAGCAAUCUCUACAGUCAUACCCUAAACUACAAGCUGCUUUAUUUCCUGUACAGACAGCAGAUGGUAUUACACCCCAAGAUAUCACUAUGUAUCAGCUUUUACAGGGUAACACACAAUUUGAUAUAUCCAAGUUAUUCAGAUGGCAGUCAACAAACAACAUUUCUACACCACUCACAGAUAAAGCCACCGAAUUGCCACAUUUCUCACAGCCAGACUUGGUAAAUCAAUAUGCACACAAGGAAGUCCUUCGAUACACUUAUUACCUGAGGAAAGCCAGACCCUCAUUUGCAUUUGUGGCAUUUGUUAAGAAUCUUCAAGAUACCGAUCCAGCAGUACUCAAAAAAAGAACCAAACAAGCGUACUACAGAGUGUACACCAUAGCACUACAAGAACUCACACAGCAUUCAAUCAGUGCUGCCUGUGUGGCAUUUAUUGAAAUGCUCGGACAAGAUAGUUCUGCAUUGAGAAUUGAUUUACAAAGUGGUAAUUUAAUGUUGAGAUAUAAAAAAGAUGAACUGACAUCAGACCAGAGGUUUGACAAGUCUACGAGAGAACAGAAGGCACAAGAGAUUGAAUCUAAUAUUUUGUCUGAUUUGCUAAGUGCACUGAAGCAGAAGGGAUCAAGUGCUGAAAGACUUCUCAGAAAUCUGGAGAGCGCCAUCACUGGUGAAAUUGAGAAAGCAGCUGAAGAAAGUACAAGUUUUGCAGCCAGUCAGUACUGGUCAUUAGCUGUCCUCUUCUGUCAAAUACAUAAACUACCGUAUACUACUGUGUAUUUAGAAGACUGUGCAAAGAAUGAUCAAUGGUUGAGGUUUCUGUGUUUUGUUCAAAACCAUCACUAUCCUCAGAAUCAGGUCAUCUACAAGCUCUUCAAACUUACUUACAGUACCAUUGUCACGUUUAGUAACAUGUGGUGUCCUCAUAUCCGUGAACAUCUUCAACAUGCAGUGGAAAACCUACAGUAUAUUCCUGAUGGAAAGGGACAUCUAAGCAGAAACGAAGAGCAGGCUAAACGAUCUAAAGAUCUGAGAGCACAGUACCUGAAAAGGGUUGGCAUAGCCAAAGGAGACAUUGGUAAAAAAUUUCUUGUUUACUCUACCAUAUUUGCAUGUUAG